AUGACGUUAUCACAAUUAUUUUACAGUUCGAGAAUUCGCCUUAAAACAAGAUGCAUUAAAGAGGAGGUUACGAAAAAGGGAGCCCGGCCUCAAAAAGAAGUAACACUACAUGCAACAAGUCAGAGUUCACCUUGUACUCCUGGAUCUAGACAAUACGUAGGAUUAGACAAAGUAGCGGAUGAAUGUGGCAAACAAAGCCGAAAGGUCUACACAUUCAACGAGGAUGAGGUAGUCGGCUUAAUCAAGCAAUGGAGAAUGGACGAAGCGGACAACAAUUCAGAUACAGAAGAUGAAGAAGAAGAAAAACCGGACGCUUCGGCUUCAUCAUCGAAAAGUUCUCUGAAACGGGAUAAUGUUCUGACGGAAGAAGUGGUCGACAUCAUUAAUAAAUUAAGGACGGACGAAAAAUUUAAGUUUGCUAAUGAUAGGACAAGAUGGCUUAUAGGAACGAACGGUGUUUUCAAAAAACGAUAUUAUGGGAACGCAAAAAGUGGCAAUGCGCUUCUUUCAUCGGAAGACGAACAAUUUGAGGAUGCAUUGACAAAUCCCAAAAUAUCAGCAGUAUCGACGAUACCUAGGAGUAAAGAAGAACACGAAAAUUUUCAUAAUUUGAAUAGUGAAUUUAGUGAGAGAAUGGGCAAAUUUAGCAACAAUUCAGCAGAACGAGUUCAGUUAUUAGUUAUCUCUAUUUUAAUAAUUGAUGUAGUCCAAGAUACUCCAAUUAUCAAAACUUCUUUUGUUGAUUUUGAUGCUAUUCGCCCUCCAAGGUUUAUUUUUAAAUCUGACUAUAAUUUCACGAUAAUAACCUGUCUUGAAAAUCAUAUUAAAAUUAAUGCUACGCAAUCUACUCAUGUAGAUUAUAAGUCAGAUAUAACUCACCCUGAUGAAACUUAUGGGCCAUCCCAACUUUAUUUGGGAUUUUACCAACCAUCACCAGGUGUCUUCUUUUAUGAAUAUAAUGAACCAGAUGAGAUGAUUGAUUUAAUAAUUAUGGUACUUGUAGUUAAUGAUGAUAAUUACACUCCUGAUCAACCGGUUCAAGCGAUAACGGCUUUCGAUUCAGAGAUUUUAACGAACUCUUUUUUUGAGGAGUUUAUAAGAUCAAGUUGGAUGAAUGAUUUUGGUAUUCCUCCUAUUUAUGAAAAUAAAUCAUACUUUAUAGUUCCAUUAAUUAAAUUGAAAUUCAAUCAUAUACAGUACUUAGGUGGUGUAGGUUUAAUAGGUGGUGCAUGGGGAUUAGCAGCAGCAGCGCGAACACGUCACGACCAUGGGAGUUGUACAAUCAUAUUGCUGCGGAUUUUCUCAACACAAAAAAACUUACAACUUACUUUAUCAACUAUUCCAUUCUUUAAUACAAUAAAUCCUGAUAUUAAAAAUCGUCCUUCAAAACAAGCUCUUUCUUUAGCUGAACAAAAUGACUUGAUUUUAACAAGAAUUGAUAGUUUUGAAUUAUUUUUACAAGAAAAUGUUAUUCAUGUACACUAUUUAAAUGGUAUUCGGGAUAAAUUAGCUAAACCUAGAGCGACUUCGACUUCUACAACUGACGCCAUGAAUACUACGCAACAACAAGAAGGUUUAAUGGUUACAGUUCCACCACAAUCAAGUAUAACUAAUAUUUCUGAUGCAAAUGAUAUUUUGUAUGAUGAUAAUAAUAUAAGACAAUAA